GUCGAAUUUGCUUCUGAGAAAUUUUACAGAGAAGAAACAAGUGCGUUUCAUAAUUCUAUAAUCUGAAUCUCAUGGCGCUUGCUGCAUCAUCUUCUGCGAUUUCUGGUUCCGUCUCAUUUCGCUCCCUCUUUUCGCAGGAGCUCAGAGCUCCACAGUUCGGUACCUUUCGACCAUUAGAUCGAACACUCGUCCCAUCGGUCCCGGCGAAUUCUACCGGAAAGCGGUACUUAGUGCAACCAGUCCAUGCUGAACCUAAACGCAGAGAUUCAAUCGUUCCUCUUGCAGCAACCGUAGUCGCUCCUGAGGUAGCAGAGAACGUAGUAGAACCGGAAGAUUACAAGCUACUGGCUAAAGAUCUCGAUGAUGCUUCUCCUCUUGCAAUUAUUGAUAAAGCCCUUGAGAAAUUCGGAAAUGACAUCGCCAUUGCCUUCAGUGGGGCCGAAGACGUGGUAUUGAUCGAGUAUGCGAAGUUGACGGGGAGACCAUUCAGGGUGUUCAGCCUUGACACAGGGAGGCUUAACCCUGAGACUUACAAGUUGUUCGACACGGUCGAAAAGCACUAUGGAAUUCGCAUCGAGUACAUGUUCCCUGAUGCGGUCGAGGUGCAGGGAAUGGUUAGGAACAAAGGGCUCUUCUCCUUCUACGAGGACGGCCACCAGGAGUGCUGCAGAGUGAGGAAGGUGAGGCCUCUGCGGAGGGCCCUCAAGGGGUUUCGUGCUUGGAUUACGGGGCAGCGCAAAGAUCAGUCCCCAGGCACCAGGUCUGAAAUCCCUGUUGUCCAGGUGGACCCCUCCUUCGAAGGAAUGGAUGGUGGAAUGGGCAGCCUUGUUAAGUGGAACCCACUCGCAAACGUGAACGGCCAUGAUAUCUGGAACUUCUUGCGGGCGAUGAAUGUGCCCGUCAAUGCGUUGCACUCGCAGGGUUACGUCUCCAUCGGGUGCGAACCCUGCACAAGGCCGGUGUUGCCAGGGCAGCACGAGAGGGAAGGGAGAUGGUGGUGGGAGGACGCCAUGGCCAAAGAGUGCGGCCUUCACAAGGGCAACAUCAAACAGGAAGCUGAGCCCGAAAACGGUAAAGCUAAUGGAAGCGCCGGAACCAAUGGAAACGGGAACGGAAACAUCGCCGUUGCUGACAUCUUCAGUACCGAGAACGUGGUGAACAUGAGCAGAACUGGGAUACAGAAUCUGGCCAGAUUGGAGAACCGAAAAGAACCCUGGCUGGUGGUGCUCUAUGCGCCUUGGUGCCGUUUCUGCCAGGCAAUGGAAGGAUCGUAUGUGGAGUUGGCAGAGAAGCUGGCUGGGAGUGGGGUAAAGGUUGGGAAAUUCAGGGCAGACGGAGAGCAGAAGGCAUUCGCUGAGAGUGAGCUGCAGCUUGGGAGCUUCCCCACCAUUCUCUUCUUCCCCAAACACUCAGCAAGUCCCAUCAAGUACUCCUCCGAGAAGCGGGACGUUGAUUCAUUCAUGGCCUUUGUGAACGCCCUCCGCUGAUGGAAAUCACAAUUCUUGCAAU